CUAAUCUUCAUCUAAAACAGAAAUUAAAAGAAUAGCUCAAAGGUGAAGAAAAAAAAAUAGAGUACAUCACUAACACUAGGCUUGAAUGAAGCUACGUCGUUACGUGCUUCAACCAUAUUGUGAAUGAUUUCGCUGUGACCGUUGCUUCUCCCUCCAAUAAACAACAUUCACUUCAUGUUAUACAUACAUUAUACAUUCAUAAAUUAGGGAACCAAAAAUAAGUUUGGUGAAGCAUUUUCCUUUCUUAAAUCUUUUCAUACCAAAAAUAAGUUGCUGUACAAUCAUUUCGUUGUUAAAAUCAUGCUGAAAACAGCUUUUUCACCAAUUAUAUCUACUCUUCAUAUUAGAUGCAAAGCCCCUAAAUUCUCUUUUACUGUAAGAAAUGCUCAUACACAAUGCACAUCAACUGUUCGACAAAUUGCCCCAACCAGUCCUACUCCUCUUUAUCAACUCCCUCCAACCUCAGCUUACAUCCACCUUCCUUUCUGUAGGAAACGUUGCCAUUACUGCGACUUUCCUAUCGUUGCUUUAGGGUCAUCCUUGAAUCAAUCCCAUGACGAUGAUCCUCGAAUCGUCGAUUACAUAGACUUGAUAUGUAGGGAGAUUAAGGCAACAAGAUUAGAUUUUGAUCAAUGCCCACCUCUUGAAACUGUAUUUUUUGGAGGGGGUACCCCUUCUUUGGUCCCACCGAGGCUUGUUUCUUUGGUGCUUGAUACACUCAAGUUAAAAUUUGGGGUUUGUUUGGAUGCUGAGAUAAGCAUGGAAAUGGAUCCUGGGACUUUUACUGCAGAUAAGCUAAGGGACUUUAUGGGGUUGGGUGUGAAUAGAGUUUCUCUUGGUGUGCAGGCAUUUCAAGAGGAGUUGCUCAAAGCUUGUGGAAGAGCUCAUGGACUUAAGGAGGUUUAUGAAGCAAUCGAGUUUGUUGAGUCAUGUCGAGUUGGAAAUUGGAGCAUGGAUUUAAUUUCUUCACUCCCUAAUCAAACCUCUCAAAUGUGGAGUGAAAGUUUGCAGCUCACAAUUGAUGCAAAGCCCACCCAUGUAUCUGUGUAUGAUCUGCAAGUUGAGAAAGAUACUAAAUUUGGAGUAUUGUAUACACCGGGAGAGUUACCUUUACCAUCUGAAUCCCAAGCUGCGGAGUUCUACAAAAUGGCUUCCAAGGCACUUACAAGUGCGGGAUAUGAUCAUUAUGAAAUCAGCAGUUAUUCAAAGAGCAGGUUCAAGUGUCAGCACAAUCUUACUUAUUGGAAAAACAAAUCAUUCUAUGCCUUUGGUCUUGGUUCGGCCAGCUACCUCAAUGGUUUGAGAUUUUCGAGACCGAGGAGGAUGAGAGAAUACAAAACUUAUGUGGAAAACUUGGAAUAUGGCUUGGCAAAACAUCAAGAGAAUGAUGAUUUUGAUCCCAAGGAUAGGGCAACAGAUGUUGUGAUGUUGUCACUCAGAACAGCAAGAGGAUUAGAUAUCAAGUCAUUCAUACAAGAUUUUGGUGCCUCACUUACCCUAUCUCUAUGCCAAGCCUAUAAACCUUAUGUAGAAAGUGGGCAUGUCCUCUGCCUCGAUGAAGAAAGGAAGAUCAUACCGGCGUCUGAAGUUGGAUCCUUGUUUGUUGUGGAGGAGAACUUAGAAGGUGUUGCAUUCAUCCGGCUAAGUGAUCCGGAGGGUUUUCUUCUUUCCAAUGAACUGAUAUCGAUUGCAUUUGGGGUUAUUUCCCCAUGAAGUGAGCGGUUUUUAACUUACAAUAUUCAUGUCACAUUGAACUUGUUGGCUAGAAUUAUAGGAGUGUAAAAUUUUUGGUAACAUUAUAUAAGACAAUUUUGAACUUUUGAUCUUAUAUGAUGUACUCAAUGCUGUACAAAAUGUUGUUUAAGUAAAUAUGAAUCGGCCAUAAUAAAUCCCUUCAA